AUGGCUUCCCAUGCUGCGGCUGGCGGUAGCGGAAAAAGUGACACGUCACGGAGACCACCGGUGAUAAAGAAUCCGCUGCUGAGCUCGCAGGUUACGGGACUGACGCUGGACGAUUUUGCACCGGUUGCCGUAUUGUUACCUGCCGCCCCGCUUCCCACCAUUGCCAAGGACAUGCCGGAAUCAACAGCUACCCCGAAACCGGUCAUCUUUAGCUCGCAGCAAACAGUAACUGGAACGGUACCGGAGCUGCCGCAAGAUACCGACAACUUCAGCGAGAUUGAUCUAAAUACGACCAGCGAACCUCAAGCUUGGUCUCAGCCACCUACAAUCGAUUACAAUCCGCUCCAGGAUUUGGAGGAAUCGGACGGCAAAGCAGGUGGUAGCCAGCUCGAAAACGACGGGGAACCAUUGCCGUCGUCCUCGUCGUACCUGCAACAGACGUCCGCAUUGACCGCUCAAUUUGCAGCUCAACUUCCAAACGUCGCAUCAACGGUAUUUUCGACCUUCAGCCGUGUCAUCAAGGGCAGUUCGCCGGUUCCAUCACCCGCGGCACCGUCGUACGGGUACGAUCCGGCCGCUUACGGUGGGUACGGUUCGCAGCCAGAAUUACAAAGCGUACUCAACCCAUACGAACCGCCACCAUCGGUACCAUCGUCGUCAGGGCCAUUAUUAAAUUCAAGCGCGUACAAUCCGACCUAUCAGCCAUUUGGAGCACCACACGAUCCUCAACACUCGGAAGCGCAAUCUGUAGCUGGGCCACCACCGCCUCCACCAACGUUCUACAACCCGGAACAGGUGCCAUCUGCGGUUGCGGUUCCGCCGCCAUCCACUUCCGGUCCAUCGAACACGUAUCGGUUGGGUGGUAGCAAGAAGAAAACAUACGCACAUAUUCCUGGCCUAAGUACUACGACUCAGCCGGGGGUUCCUUCUGCCCCAACGCCGACGCAAAACACUGUGCCACCGCAUCCCUUCGGCUCGGCUCCGCCAACAUCACUCGCAUUUGUGCAGCCGACCGCACCGGGUGUAUCGGACACGUUUAAUUUCGAACCAACUACUCAGACAGAGGAUAACAAUACUGCACCACCUGUUUCGAAAGCAAAAUCGUCCAUUUUCGGAUACCUUCCGACAAAUAUCCUAGAAAAGUUGCCAAAACCUAGCUUCGGAAGUGAGAAGAAGGAAGAACCUUCGCAGUUUGCGGGUGCAGUUUCGUCAGGAUCGAUCUUAGAUCAGUUUGCGGAACCUCUCCGUGCUCCUGUUGAAGUACAGUCAGUGCCGCCUUCAACGUUCAACAACACACCGCAGACGUCUGCUGGUUCGUACUUUGCGCCACCAUCAGUUGGAGCUCCCGUUCCGGUUCCACUUGUGCCGCAAAGUCAGCCCCAUCCUUUGUUCACUCCAAAUCAAUCCGAGUUCCUCAGUGUAACUGGUGAGCCAUCGGCGCCGACUGCGUCUGUGUUGGAUCCUGCAUUGCCACCACCCGUGUUUUACUCGCCUGCGCAAAUUCCUACGGUUGUUCAAUCACGUCCUGUUGGCUCUACGGGUAAUCCUUACAGUUCAAAACGCCUUGCAUCUGGCAUUGGGCGCUACAAGAAUCCACUUGUGCCGGCAGCGCAACCUGUCACUGGCCCGGUAUUCCUGCCGAACCAGCCACCGCCUCUAGCUUCGCAGCAGCCGGCGGGAGUAUUGUCAAACGUAGCGACACAACAAGUCUUCUCGGACACAUUCACGCCGCAAAUUGUAUCAGCAAAUCCACAAUCGGAAGCACCAGUCUCCAUUUUUAACCCCAUUGUUUCCGUAGGAGCUCCUUUCGAACCAGUUGGAGAAGCUCAAUGUAUACCGCCGCCUGUGGGAGAACGGAUUCUAGAAAAUACUAGUCAACUUACUUUAUCGGCUCCCAUUUCUGGUCCUCCAGAAGUAAUUGAGGCUACAACUGUCGUUAACCCAUUGGUACCCGAGAACGUCAACUCUGAAAGGAACCGAGGUAUAAACCAACUUGUGGGAGGUUUAAAAUCAGAUGCCACGUACAAUCCGUACUCUUCUCAGCAAGUUCAUCAAGCAGUGCGUGUUGAAGAACCCACCUAUACACAACAAAGCAUUCCUGAAGUCGCAGCACCCCCUGUAAUAGGGUUUGAUUUGCAAGAAACCUCUUCUGUAGCUGGUGUCGAAGCGGUCCAGGCCAAAUUUGAUGUUUUCAAUCUUGGCAACCAGCCUUCUGCCCCACAAACAAACGUGUUUAGCGCAGAAUCAUUAGUUUCUACUGCUACUAUUGUCACGGGAACACCGGCAGGAUUUCUUGGAACAGAACCUGCUUCAAUCGGUAGCUCAAAAACAAUCGUUGAUAGCCGGUCAAAGUCAAGCGAGAACGUACUUUCGCCACCACCUCGUCCAAAUUCAAACUUGAGCGAACCGGCAACGAUCUUUCCAGGAUCGGUACCUCCGGCAGACAUUUUCCUUCCGGAAUUAUCCGGAACUGCUGGAUUUGUCUUGCCGCAAGUGCAUCAUCCAGAUCGUGAGGAAGAAGCAAACGUAUUCGUCCAGAAAGGACAACACGAUACUAACGGCAACAAUUUGGUGAACUUUUUUACGAGCAAUCCUGCAUCAUCCAUUGCCCCAGUGGAAAAGCAGUUUGAAUACUCUCAGCAAAACACAACAUCUCGUUUCCCUGCACAACCACUUUCGACUGAACAGCAGGAGCCAUCGAAGAAGGCUUCGUUGAUUUCAUUCCCGAAUCCGGCGCCAGCAAUAAAUCCUGUUGACUUCUUCAACAGUAACACUAUCGUGCCGUUGGAAUCAGGCGUAGAAAAUACUAUCAAGACGGGUCAAACAACUUCCUCCGUUCCGCUGUUUAACUUCUUCGGCCGAACUGCCGACCCAGCGCCACCUACUGUGGUGGAGCCAGUUGUAGAAACCAAACUUUCCUCAGAUCAAUCCAUUGCAGACUUUGCAAACGGACAACGGGAUUCCACAAAAGCCAGAACGUUUCCAGAAGACAUUGCUCCGGCGACUUCCGUUUCGAACGUCAGUAGCUUUAGCAACCUCAACGUAAGCUUCGGUGAGGACAGUGCGCAGGACGUGCCGCGGAUCGAAAACGCAUCAAACGAACCGAUAUUCAGUAGCGACAAUCUAUUCGAUUUCAAAUCAACCGUCUACCAGGACGGAAGUUUGUACUCGCGUAACAAGGAACUCGCUUACGACGCGAACGACGGAAGCAGCAGCAUGGCGGCGAUGGCAACGACGAGCGUUGGUGCGCAGGACACCACCACCAACACGGGCACUUCGAUCGCCGAUUCAAGCUCGACCAAUAUAGCUUAUCGACCAACGUACAAUCAUUGGUUCUAUCGGCGCGAGGUGGAAGGCAAGAGCGUAUGGUCCGCGUUCACGAUGGCCGAUUCAAUGGCUCUCGAAGACGGACUGGCGGUUCUGUUGGCGCGAACCAACAGUGAGCCGGAGGACGACAGCUGCUCACCGGUGAUUGUGCACACUGACGGUGGAAGGUACGACGUGUCGAUCAAGGAACGCACCCGAACGCCGGUUUACUGGAAAGGACCGGCGAAUGAAGUGCGACGGUGCUCCUGGUUCUACAAAACCGUCGACUCUCGGUUUGUCCCCUACGAGGAGGAGGUAGCGGAUUUGCUGGAGCGAGAGUACAAAGAAGCGGCCACUUCCGGCGAGUGGCACCGGCGGGUGACAAUUCCGAACGGUGAAACGGUCGUGUUUCAUGGACCCUCCGUUAUCGUGCAUUUCCUGCAGACACAGAACCCGGAUACGUGGGGUGGCGGCAAUUCGCCGGUGCCUUCGACGACGAACCGACCGCGUGUUGUGAAGCGUGGCAUCGAUGAGUUCAACAUCGACGAAGACGAGCCGGAGAGGAUAGAUCAUCUGUUAUUUAUGGUGCACGGCAUCGGUGAAGCUUGCGAUUUGCGAUUCCGGCGCGUAGAGGAAGUGGUUGAUGAGUUCCGCAGCAUCUCGGCACAGCUGGUGCAAAGCCACUAUCGGUCGUCCUUUGAUCGUGGUGAUGUCGGACGGGUGGAGAUAUUGCCCAUAUCCUGGCACGACGAUCUCCAUUCGGAGGAGUCAGGUGUGGACGAAAAGUUAAAGUCGAUAACGUUGCCUUCGAUACCAAAGUUGCGCCACUUCACCAACGACACGUUGCUGGACGUGCUCUUCUAUACCAGUCCGAUGUUUUGCCAAAGCAUUAUCGAUGCCGUAGGGAAGUCGCUCAACCGGCUGUACGCGAUGUUCUGUCAGCGCAAUCCAUCGUUCAGUGGGCGCGUUUCGUUGGCGGGUCAUUCGCUUGGUUCACUGAUUCUGUUCGAUCUACUGUGCCACCAAAAGAAGGUGGAAAAGAAACUAUCCAGCGAACCGGAAAAUUCGGAGAAUCCAGAUGACGAUUCCGUAUCACCACUAACGUCGCAUCAUGCCAUCGUAAAUCAUCGGCCGCUGGUGCGCAAAUGUUCCCAGCAGAUCAACUACGAGGUUGGACCAGCCGGAACCGGCCAACCGUACAUCACAUAUCCGCAGCUAAUGUUCCAACCGAAAAUGUUCUUCGCCCUUGGUUCACCAAUUGGGAUGUUCGUUACGAUACGAGGAAUCGACGCGCUGGGACUUGAUUUUAAGCUACCCACAUGUGAAGGGUUCUUCAACAUCUUCCAUCCUUACGACCCGGUCGCAUACCGCAUUGAAGCUCUGAUCAACCCCGAACUGAGCUCACUGGCACCCGUGUUGAUACCGCAUCAUAAAGGCCGAAAGCGAAUGCACCUAGAGCUGAAGGAAACCGUGCUGCGGGUGAGCAAUGAUUUGCGCCAGCGAGUUACUGACGUGUUCCGGAACACGCUGGACACUGUGUACUCCUUGCGGGCGAUGGGAUCGAAGCCGGACCCGAAAGCCAUCCAGAAGGAAGUGGACAAGGUGUUGCAGGACCAGCUGAAGUUCGAAACGAACGACUCGACGUCCAACUUGUCUGGGGCUAGCGAUGUGGACAGUGGCGAGACGAACCUACCGCUGGGUCAGCUGAAUCAGUCCCGGCGUGUCGAUUACGUGUUGCAGGAGGCACCGUUCGAAUUUAUUAACGAGUACCUGUUUGCCUUGACCAGCCACGUCUGUUACUGGGAUUCCGAGGACACGAUGCUGUUCCUCAUGAAAGAAAUCUACAACAGUCUCGGCGUACAGACGGACCACCAGGUGCCGCAGCAAACGAUGACGAUCGAACGACCGCUGGCGGCCACUAGUCCUACAGUGGCUGCUUCCAGCUGUUCCUUAAAUAGUAAUUACAACCUCUUCCCUCAUGACGAACAGUCAGCGAGAGUGUCGCCGAAUAGUAGGCUAUAGUAGGCAGCAUAAUUCAGAUACGGGAUCGCGAAGACAGCAUUAUGAAUUCGCUUCUAAAAGAACGGUAGAUGGCCCUAGGCCAUCCCUAUCGUUGUAUCCUUAGAUAGUUGCUUAUAUCGUUUUAAUUUGUUGAACACUGAAACUUAUUUUUUAACUAAAGACACGGCGUACUAUAUUGUUCAGGAUCGCAUGCAUGUAUUUUUGUUUUGUUAUGCUUUAAGCUUUUUUUAUAAAAUUGAACAGAAUGUCCGUUCGUUUGUUGUAAACGUAGGUUUUGUAGUCAGUUUGUCAGAUGUUUAGAAAAUAAAUAUAAGAUCAAGCACACGCACGGACGCCGAGCAACGAAUGGCAACGUAUAGCACCUGGCCAUUCAAAACUGGAAAUAAACGAAAAUGUAUCACUU